AUGUUGUUCGUUUAAAUUGUUUCUCAAAAUAAUAUUUUGCUAGGCUAAUAUGGAAAUGAUCACUAAUCCAGAUUAGAGAGGUACAAAUAUUUAUUAUUUUUAAAGGGUUAAAGAUGAUUUGUUAAUCUUCUUUUUUAAUGAUUAUCAUCAUGAAUAUUCCAUCUAAUUCAGCAAGAAAAGCAAAUAAAUUCCAAUCAUAUUAAAGAAGCAAAAGGAAGACUAUAGCAGAAUCGAUCUAAUUCUUCUCAGAUAUAUACCUAUUGAAGAUUCUGAUUAAGAUGCAUUAUUUUAAAAAGUAUUGGAAGAGAUUCAAAGUCAAUCUUAAGAAUUUGAGAAACUAUAGAUCUAUAAAGACAUAAUCCUUUCAAUUUACAAGGAAGAAUCCUGA